CUCCUCGCCCAGCGCACGCGUCCCUCGGAUGGCGGCGCAGCGCGGCGCGCGGCCCCUGACCGACCGACUGUCGUCUCUGCCAAAUGACUUCCACUCAGUGUGACUGAUGGCCUCGGGGCCGACUGUGGGCCUCCUUCUCUCUGUGUGGCUGACAACCGCGCAGAGGUCUGUCUGGCUCGUUGCCUGUAUGUCUGCCUGACUGGCCAGCCUUGUCUGCCGGUCUGUCCAUCCCUCGGUGCGUCUGACUGGCCCCUGCCUGACAGUGUCCGUCUUCUGUUUGUGUUGUGACCUCUCUGGAGUUGACUGCUCCCUCGGCGUGGGCUGCCUCUGCGGGAUAGGCCACCUGUCGCCUGUCGGUGGGGGUGACAGCUCACAUGACUGUCUCCUUGAUGACUCAGAGAAGAUUGUGGAUUCCCACCCCAGACCCCUGCCCAUCCUCUUGGACCCUCAUCUCCCACUCCCACGCUGAGCCCAGCUGCUCCUCGCCAUUCCUGGGAGCCUCAGGCUGCCCCCAGUGCCCCGAGUGGAUUUCCCAGGAGAAGCUGGACCACAGAGCCUGGUGGAUAAGCCCCUCUCCAGGGCUGCAUCCCACCCAGCAACCCAGCACUGUGCCAGAGUGCUUCAUGUGGAGUAUUUCUUUAGUGCUCACAACAAACCUACAGCACAGAUUCAUGACCACAUUUUACAAAUGAGCAAACCGAGGAUCAGAGAAGUCAGGUAACUCGCCCAAGGACACACAGCUGGAACCCGGCAGACUCCACUCCAAGUCAAGAGCUCUUCUCCUCAGCAAGAGCCCCCAGGGACAGAGAGCUGCAGGAGCGCCCAUAGCAGGAAAGCCCAUAGGGCACCCUAUGCUCUUCAUUCAGGAAGCACACCUGGUCGUCUGGUUUGCGUGGAGGUCUCUGCUUGGCACCGGGGAGGUGCGGGAGUCAGCAUGCUGCGUGGUUGGGCCACCCCAUUCCUGUUGCUGAUGCUUCAAGGUGCCUGGGGCUGUUCAGAUCUCGCCUGCUACACUGACUACCUCCAGACGGUCACCUGCGUCCUGGAGACCUGGAGCCUCCACCCCCGCGUGCUCACCCUUACCUGGCAAGACCUGUACAGAGAACUGGAAGAUGAAGUCAUCUCCUGCAGCCUCCACCUGUCCAGCCACAACACCACGCACGCAUGGUACACGUGCCACAUGGAUGUGUCCUGCUUCAUGGCCGACGACCUUUUCACUGUCAACAUGACAGACCAGUCUGGCAAACACUCCCAGGAGUGUGGCACCUUUAUCCUGGCUGACAGCAUCAAGCCGUCUCCCCCUUUCAAUGUAACUGUGGCCUUCUCGGAACAGUAUAACAUCUCCUGGAGCUCCGAUUACGAUGACCCUGGCUCCUCUGCACUGAAGGGGAAGCUUCAAUAUGAGCUGCAGUACAGGAACCGGGACAACCCCCGGGCUCUGAGUCCGGGGAGAAAGCUGGUCUCUGUGGACUUGAAAAGUGUCUCUCUCCUUCCCCUGGAGUUCCACAAAGGCUCAAGCUACGAGGUGCAGGUACGGGCAGGGCCCCAGCCUGGAUCCUCCUUCCAGGGAACCUGGAGCGAGUGGAGUGACCCAGCCGUCUUUCAGACCCAGCCAGAUGAGACAGAGGGAGGGACCAGAGGACUGCGCUCUUCCCUGCCUUACAUCCUUGCAACCACUAUCCUUGUCUUCUUGGGCCUGGGGUACCGCCAGACUCGGAGGCUGUGGAAGGAAGUGUGGGUGCAGGUGCCCAGCCCAGAACAGUUCUUUCAGCCCCUGUACGACAGCCACAGCGGGGACUUCAAGAAAUGGGUGAGUGUGCCCUUCACUCUCUCUAGUCUGGAGCUCUACCCUGGGACCCCGGGGGCACCUUCUACCCUGGAGGUGUGGAGUUGCUGCCCGUCACAGAGUCCAGGCAAGGGGCCAGUGCCCACAGAACCACUGGAGACUGCAGAUGUCCUGGAAGCUGAUGGGAUGCCUGAGCCGAGCUCCUGGGGUCCAACCCCAUCUGCGGCCGGCAGCUUGGACGGCUCCACUUACAGUGAGGAGAGGGACCGGCCAUAUGGCCUGGUGUCCAUCGACACAGUGACCGUGGUGGAUGCAGAGGGGCCGUGCACCUGGGCCUGCAGCUGUGGGGACAACGGCUACCCAGCCCUGAACCUGGAUGCUGGCCUGGAGCCUGGCCUGGCCACUGAGGACCAGCUCUUGGGCACAGGGACCACAGUCCUCUCCUGUGGCUGCGUCUCGGUUGGCAGCCCUGCCAGGCUCGGAGCCCCCCUGGGCAGCCUCCCGGACAGGCUAAACCUGCCCCUGAAAGCCACAGGGGGCUGGGCCCCCGGGCCACCAUGGGGUGGUGGGCUGCCCAGUGGCGUCUUUGACAGCGAGGCGGGCUCGCCCCCGGCCGCCCUGGACAUGGACACAUUUGACAGUGGCUUCUCGGGCUCUGACUGUGGUAGCCCUCUGGAGUGUGGCUUCACCAGCCCCAGGGACGAGGAGCCCCCCAGAAGCUACUUGCGCCAGUGGGUGGUCAUGGCCCCUCCACCUUCAGGCCCGGUGUCCCAGGCCAGCUAGGGAGACAACUGGCCGUUCAGGGCUAGCCCCACCAUGGCCACGAGCCAGAGACGUGGUGUCUGGGCUAGAACGUGGGAGGCCAGCGUCUUUGGUCUCGUGACUGGCACCUGAGCCUAGUGUUCACAGUGUAUGUGCACAUUGCACGUCCACGUGUGUGAGCAGCCCGUGAGCCUGGGCCAUGGGAGAACACCUGUGGUUAUCUGUACGUGGGUUGCCAUGCAGCACCUGUCUGCUCACUUGAGCUCACCUGUGUGCAGGAGCAUGAGCAGUGUGCGUGCUUGCAGCCACCUGGUCUCCCUGGUUUCCUGCAGGGGCUGCAAAGAGGGGCUGCUGGGAAGUCCCUGCUGUUCAUUAUCACCUCAGGGCUGAGAGAGGGGGAUAGAGAGCCCCUGGUGACCCGGGGAGGGGGUGUGACUCUUGGGGGACCCACUGGCCUAGGUCUGUAUCCUGACACUGAAGCUUCCUGGCUGUGCCACUUGGGGCAGGUUGCAUCCCUCUCUGAGUACCAGUCUCCUUGUCUGGUCAGUGGGACUGACAUAACCUACCUCAGGGAGAAAUCCGAGAGGUCACCUGUGUACUGUGUGUAGACAGAGCAAACCUUCAAUCAGCGUCAGCUUCCUUCCUCCUGCGGCCAGUGCCUAGCUGGUGCCGGAGGUGGGUGGGGGUGAGAAACCAGCCAACAGCGGCUACGGCUACGGUGUCUGCGGGGCAGUCCCACCUGCAGAGGGGCACUGGGGAGUUUCCGGGGUGAAAGUCAGCCUUGUCUCUCAGAGCAGCUCCCGACCAACCAAGAGUUCUUUUUCUGUCUUCUGCUGCCCCUUUAAAAAUUCCCUUUAUGCACCCAAGAAGUAUUUGUUGGGCACCAGUCUGAGGAAGGCAUCGUGCCAGGCACUGGGUGUGCACGGAGUGAGGGGACAGACAGAGGAAGCGGCAAUUCCAGAACCUUGUACUCCAGGCCGGGGGCAGGCCGCUCUGGUCAAUUGGCAUCGCGAAGUUUCUGGGGAACCAGCAGGAAUCGAAGUGCUGUCUGUUUUCUCUGAGCGCCCAUUGAAAUGUGAAUCAAGGAGCCCUGGAAAACUUCUGAGCAACAUUUCGAAGGCGCCCCACUGAACAUUAGCUUCGUAGAGGAGCUGGAUUUAGGUCCUGGAUACAGCAUCAAAACCAUGCUCUUUUUAUUUUUUAAAAUGGAUUCUGUUCCCUCUAAGGGUGCCCACCUCAACUUGGCUUUUUCAGGCCCAAGCUGGUUAGGCAGUGAAGAGUCUAAUUCAGCUGGCCUGCCCUCUGGAGUCUUAAGGGAAUCCUUCCCCUGACCUGGAACAGGGCCCACCUCAAGGCCAGGCUGUGGGGGUGUCUGAAGUAGACAGCUCUGCCUCUCUCCCCUUUUGGAGCCAGGCUGGGAUGAAGUCAGGAGAAGUCAGUGCUGCUGAAAGCUUCAUCUGUAAAAUGGGACGGGGGGGAGGUGGUCCCUGGCACAGCUGGAAAGUUCUAGAACACUGAUGCUUUUAAUAGUUGUUCUGUUGACUUGGGAUCAGGUGUGUGAGACUCAGAUGGGUGCACAAGUGUGAAACCACAGUUCCUGCACGUGUGAGUAGCCCUCAUCACCCUAGAGACACUUGGGCCAAGGUGUGCUGUGGUUUUCUCACAAUCCCGGGGGCCACAGGCUCCCUGGUGACCCAGCUUGGCUCUGCAACCACAGAGCUCUGCGAAGAGGCAGGUAGAAGAGGGGGGCAGCUGGAGACUGACUGAUGCCAGGCCUUUGGGUUAGACAGGGGCUCUGACCUAGGUAACGUGGUUCCUCACCGACUCCACCUUGAAGGAGACUCAGGUCAUCAACAUGAGUGCAAAAAGUUGGGGACAAGGACUGAUCCACCUGGAAGGGUGGAUAAAUGAAUAGGUGGGUGCAUGGAUGAUAGAUGGAUGAGUGGGUACAUGGGUGGGUGGGUGGAUGAGUGGGUACAUGUGUGGUUGGGUAGGUGGGUGGGUAGACAAGUGAGUACAGUGUGAAUGGGUGGUGGGUAGAUAGAUGAGUGGGUACAUUAGUGGGUGGGUGAGUGGAUAGAUGAGUGGGUGCAUGUGUGGACAGGUGGAUAAGUGGAUGGAUAAGUGAGUACAAGUGUGAAUGGGUGGGUGGGUGGAUGAAUGGGUACAUGAAUGGGUGGGUGGGUGGAUGAAUGGGUACAUGAAUGGUUGGGUGGGUAGAUGAGUGGGUACAUAAGUGAGUGGGUGAGUGGGUGGGUGGAUGGAUGAGUGGGUACAUGAGACCUGAGUGGGUGAGUGGGUGGGUGGAUGGAUGAGUGGGUACAUGAGACCUGAGUGGGUGGGUGGGUGGAAGGAUGAGUGGGUACCUGGGUGUGUGAGUAGGAUGGAUGAAUGAAUGGAUAGAAGGAUGGCUGUUGUUAGUUGCCGUUGAGGGAUCGCCAUGAGUAGGAUGGUAGAAGGAUUGAAGAAAGAACAGUUGGCUGGCUGGAUAAACAUGUUAGAGGCAAAGAUGAUAGAUCAGACAUAAGCUCUGUGAGAGCCUUGUCAAUUUUUUCACUCUUUUGUCCCCAGCCUUGCACGUAAUAGGGACUCAAAAAAGCCUGGUUUGUAGCAUUUGCUGGUUUCCAUGGUGUAAAUAUUUCUAUCACGGCCAAUUUCAAGCUACCAACAUGAAGAUACUAAACAUGGAAUUGGGAAGAGAUGCAAACUAUCAGCUCUCCUGUCCUGAGCUGGUCUGAGCUGGCUCUAGCACACCGCUGAUAGGAGCCCAGAGGGGCAUCACAACCUCAGCCUGCGGUACAUGUGUAAAGCUUCAGGGAAGCAACAACAACAAAACCAAACCUGUUGCCUCAUAGCGACCCUAUGGGACAGAGUAGAACUGCCGCAUAAGGUUUCCAAGGAGUGGCUGGUGGAUUCAAACUGCCGGCCUUUUGGUUAGCAGCCCAGCUCUUAACCACUGCUCCACCAGGACAAAAGCUUCAGAGAAGAGAGCUGGUUUUUGUCGGUUUUUUUUGAAAAAUGAAUAUGAGAUGUUUGAUGCCCCUGCUAUUCCAGGCAGAAGGAAGGGCUUGAGUAAAGGCUUGGAGCUGUGACCAAGCAGGAGACUGGGAUACUCGGGGAGGAACAGGCCUAGAAAGCAAGUGGGGAAGGCAGGUGCCUGUCACCCCAGUCCAGGCAAUAAGAGCUAUGGACCACCUUUUAAGAGGAAGGAGCAAUGAUAGCAACACCCCUCCUGUGGAUACACAUUCUGCUCCUUGCCUAGCCCUUUUCUGACUAUAGGAUCUGAGGGUACAGGGAUGAAGACUCUAUUUGACAGAUGAGAAAGUGAAGGUGCAGAGUGGACCAGUGACCUGCCUGAGGUCACACAACGAAUUAAUAGUCAGAGUCAGAACUUAGCCUCUGGUCUCCCAAUCCCAAUUCCAGCUAAUUCUCACCUUACUCUGCUGGGAGAAGUAUUUAUUAGGAGUUAAGAAACUCUUCAUAAACACCUGUGGAUGCCUGUUGCUUUGGCCCAGGCAACAUCCUUGUGGGUGUGUCUGAACCCCCAGCCCUGGGAUUAGCUACAUGACCCCCGCCUGGCCAAUACAGUAUUCAUCCCCCUGGCCACAGUACCUGGUGCAGUGGUUAAGAAAUCAGCUGCUGACUGAAAGGCUGGCAGUUCAAACCUACCAGCCACUCUUUGGAAACUCUAUGGAGCAGUUCUACUCUGUCCUAUAGGGUUGCUAUAGUCGGAAUUGACUUGAUGGCAACGGGUUUGAUUUUUCUUUUUGGCCACAGUACCAGCUCAGGGACAGACAUGUGGCCCAAGCUGGUGCAUACUCUCUACUGUGAUUGCUGAGCUGUAGGGUAGACUAAGCCUGGAUGUGCUGAGGGACCUCGGAGCCUGCCUGAGGUAAAGCCAUCACAUAUGAAAGUAGAGCUGAGAGAUGGAGACACGUUCCUGGCAAUACCUCUUGAGCCCCCAGAUGCAGCCAUGCCUGAAACUAUAUUCCCAUUUCCUCUGGCCCUUUUAGAUACGAAUGGAAGUCACGAAUGCUGCUCACCAAACAUUUCCAGCUCUUGGCCUUCUGGGCACAUGGCAGGAGUGCACUCCUGGCCCCUGGUGGUUGGAUGGGGCCAUGUCACCAGACCUGGCCAAUGAGUUGUGAGCAGAAGCGUCACUUCUAGAUCAGAGCAUUUAAUUGACAGCCGCAAUGCCUUCCAAGGUGUUUUCCUAUGAGCCACAGUAUCCAGUGAUGUUUGCGAUGGCGGCCGCUCCAUUAGCCUGGGCCCUGCGCUGAGGAGGUGCAGGACAGACCUCUAGUUCGCCUGUGGUGGACAUGUGUUGUAAGAUGAAAUAAAUCCUUUGUUUUUCUAAGUCACUAAGAUUUGGAGGCUGUUUGUUACACAGUGUAAAAAUGGCGUGGGGGAGAAGCAUCUGACCUUCUCUGACUUCACAAGCGGAAGGAGAACCAAGGUCAACAGCCCAAGGCUGAUUCCUAUGAGGCGGAGGUCAGACAUGCCUCCUCUCUCCACCAUCUUUAUCAAUUUUGACACCAACCGUCCCUCACAUGGCAAUCUCCGCUUCUCUGCUGGGUUCCAUAAUUCAUUGCAAUGGCCACACAGAACUCACAUACAGUACUCACAAUUAUAGGGUUUAUAAAAGAAGCAACAGGUUACAAUUCAGUAUUCAGGAACAGUCAGAAUACAGUUCCUCCAUUCAGGACAGCCUCUUCCCAGCUGUACCACAGGCACACCUCUGGUCCCUUGGCCUCUGCCCUGCUCAGGCAAGAGCUGGGCUGCUAACCAGAAGGUCACCUGUUGGACUCCACCAGCCAGUCCUUGGAAACCCUAUGGGGCAAUUCUACUCUGUCCUAUAGGGUCACUAUGAGUCAGAAUUGACUCAACGUCAACAGGUUUGUUUUCGUUUUUUAAUAAAUGCCCAGAGGCACCGUACUCCACCAGUAAGCCUUGGCCCCAAGGUGCUCAGCUUUCUUGCUCCUGCGUGGGCAGGAAGCCCACUGUGCCAUCUCCUGUGUCAUUUCUCUGGGUGUCCUUCCUUGGUGGUGUAUCCUCUCUCUUCCUCCUCUGGGCACGCUCACCUCAGUCCCAGCGGAAUGACAAAACUGUCUUAGUCAUCUACUGCUGCUAUGACAGAAAUACCACAAGUGGAUGGCUUCAACAAAGAGAAGUUUAUUUCCUCACAGUAAAGUAGGCUAAAAGUCCAAAUUCAGAGUGUCAGCUCCAGGGGAAGGUUUUCUCUCUCUUUUGGCCUUCUCAUCAAUUUUCCCCUAGUCUAGAAGCUUCUUUGCACAGGGACCCCGAGUCCAAAGGACGUGCUCUGCUCCCAGCACUGCUUUCUUGGUGGUAUGAAGUCCCCCUGUCUCUCUGCUUGCUUCUUUCUUUUAUAUCUCAAGACAUUUUCUCAAGAUAUAAUCCAAUCUUGUAGAUUGAGUCCUGCCUCGCUAACACAACUGCCAUCCAUUCUCCCUCACUAACGUCAUAGAGGCAGGAUUUACAACAUAUAGGAAAAUCACACAAUACCAAGAAUCAUGGCCUAGCCAAACUGAUACACACAUUUUUGGGGGGACAUAAUUCAGUCCAUGACACAAUUACCCUAUCUGCACACUCCCACCCAAUCACCUGGGUGGGAGUUACAAGACCAUGUCAAGAAAGACCACACAAAAGCGAUUCAUCACACCUGACACAGACUAACCCCGCCUGUAUACUGUCAAUUUAUCAGUGAGCUGAUAAAUUUUGUUUUUCACUUUAGCCGGUUUGAGAUGGAUUUCUGUCACUUGCCGUAGACAGUGCUCUAUUGUUGUUCUAAUAUCAUUCCUACACUAAAGACUCUCUUCCCAUCCUAAGGAAGGGCCACGUUCAAAGGGAGCACAGGAUGGACUCCAUCACUUCUCAUGCAUGACUUUGGGCAAGUCAUUUGGUGUCUCUGAGCCUCAGUUUCCUCUUUUGUCAGGUGGGGGCUGGAGUCAAUCCUCUGCUUGCUGGGGGAUGAAGAGAGAAUGAGGACAGGAGAAGACAUACCAAGACUCCUCGUUAGACGUGUGUUUUCUUCUUUCUCCAUCAUCGGUUGAGUGGGUUCUGGGGUCAGAGGAGGACAGGGAUAUGGUCCCAGACCUUCCAUGAGUUCACAAGUGCUUCACCCAGGAGGCCCCGAAGCUUCCAGUGCCCUCUGCAGAGACUCAGAGAACUCAGCCCUCCAGCUCCUCUGGCCCUCAACGGUUACUCCAAGGGCUUGGCAGAGGGUGCCGUGUGGGUAUCCUAGAUGAUCUAAUCCGGGAAGGAAGGAGGGAGAAGGUGAAAAUCAGAGCCUGGCCUUCCUUUUACCCUUCAGGAAACAGAGGUCCAAAGAAAGCAGUCACUUGCCCAGAGUCAGCCUGCGCCCUGCUCCAUGUUCUGGGUUCUUCUGCCCUCCUCUGCAGGGCAUGCAGUCGGCCUGGGCCUGGCUGCUGCACCACCAUGUGGUCCAGCCCUUCCCGACCCAGCCACACCAUCAGUCAGCUGCACCGUCAGAACACCAGGCCUGCGACUGGAAGACAGCAGACUGAGCACACGCAUCUUCCCCUCCUGGAAGCUCAUGAAAUCAACAGUAAAGGAUUGAGAAGCAUACAGUCUAAACAGGGAAGAGAAUGGGGUCAGCUGCGCUUAACAGACAUCAACACAUUAAUAGGAAGAAGAUAGAGUCAAACAUUUGCUCAUAUGUCACCUUGUCAAUGGGACCUACCCCGGGCCCCUUACUUAAAACCCCAGCACCCACCCCCAGCCCCCUCAAAUCCUCUGACAUGGUCCUGAUGCUCUCUGGGGCCCUUAUUAUGCUCUAACACACUGUACGUUUUACAU